UUAAACACGAUUAAACUUUGAACGGGUCGUUAUCUAGCUAUUAAACUUUUUGUUUAUACUUAGUCAGCCUUUAAUCAUCUGAAAUGUCUCGGGGAAAUAGGAAGAAAGAAUUUCGUUCACGAAAAGCUAGAAGAUAUAAUAAACAAGAUGAUCUGCCGAGUACAAUGCAAGAUUUAGCAAUCAGAGAUGAAGAUGAAGAAUGUUCCAAGUUUAAAGUUAAUUUUCCAGUGGCUAUGUGGGACUUGGGUCACUGUGAUCCUAAAAAGUGCACUGGGCGUAAACUUGCUAGAAAAGGUAUGAUAAAAACGCUUAGACUUCAGCAAAGAUUUAAUGGCAUUGUGCUUUCUCCAAUGGGAAUCAAGUGUAUAUCUCCAAUGGAUAAAGAAAUCGUUGAGAGAUUUGGAGCUGCUGUUGUUGAUUGUUCUUGGGCCAAAAUAGAAGAAACACCUUUUGAGCAAAUGAAAACUUCAAAUCCACGACUUUUGCCAUUUUUGGUUGCUGCAAAUCCAGUUAACUAUGGAAAGCCAAUUAAAUUGUCUUGUGUGGAAGCACUAGCAGCACUGUUUUAUAUUACUGGCAAGUUAUUUGAUUGUUUUCAAGAAGAAGCUGAACAUUAUUUGUCCCAAUUUUCAUGGGGAGAUAGUUUUAUAAAUGUGAAUCAAGAAGCUUUGGACAGGUAUGCUGCCUGUAAAGAUGGAGAGGAGGUUGUGAUGGCUCAAAAUGCUUACCUGGCAGCGUGUGAUGAAGAGAGGAAUCGAAGGAAUUUAACUCCUGAAAUUGAAAGUUCUUCUGAAAGUUCUGAAGAUGAUGAGCCCACAUGAUUGAUUACUUCCGAAUGGUUUUUGUAAAAGUACAUGCUGUACAUAAAGGACGAGUUAUAAUAUUUAAUUGUUAACAAUUAAUUUUGAUUAUAUCCAUGAGAUAUUUAUAUGGUGUAUGAUUUAUUUUUAUAUCCUCAAAUGUCUUUUUUAACAACUGGUUUUUCUAUAUUGUUUUUAUUAAUAAAUCUAUUCACCCUGAUCAUUUUUGUAAUAGUAAUAUAAAAUAUAAUUUCUUGUCACACUUAUUUGCCUUUAGGUCAAUUUAAUAAGUAAUCACAACUAGUCCUAGGUCACUAUUUGUUCACGGACGUUUUAGGAAAUCUUUGUUCCCUUCUUCAGCAAAUCUUAUAAAAAAGAUCCAACUUUUCAGUUUGAUCACAGCCAUGGACCACACUUAUUAUUAAUAACUGUGACUUACCCAAUUUUUGGACCUAACAAUCUGUAUUCAUCAAAACCUUAAAACAUAUGCUUAGAAAUAUUGUUAAGAAAAUAUAUUAAUAAAAAAAAC